CUCUGCGUUAAACCUGCGCUGAUACACAUCUCUUCCGUCGACUUACUAAGCUAUCAUAGUCUUUAAUAGACGCCAAACCCUUCCGAUUCAGACUCUUUAGCCGGUGCGGUUUUUGGACGAAUCUAGUUAUUUCAACUAACACCGGCGUAUGUAUUCAUUACUGUUUUUAUAAACGCCUGAGAUUUUGUUUUUUUCAGCUUUUUUUUUUUCCAAGCAACGCGGCGUUAAUUGUUUGAGAUUAUCUGGUAGGUUAGUUAGAAAUGUUCCUCAGGUAGUGUCUUGUUGUACUCGGUUCACAGGAUCACACAGCGACUAGAUAGUUGCUGGAAACUGAGUAAAAACGGCACAAACACACAGGUGACUGCGGCUCCAAGCUGUCGGAGGACAUGGAUUUCACAAAGGCUGGUGGAGUUAUAGCCUACAUUAGCUCCGCGAGCUCGGCCUCCAGUCCAGAGUCGUGCCACAGCGACUCCUCCAACAGCAGCUAUCAGUCCUGCUCUCCACCCCACGCGGGGCAGGGCCAACAGGGCGAGGCUCUUGCUGUGGCCCCUCAGUCCCGCCCACCGCGGCACAGCGGAGGAAAAGCACGCUCGCCCCCCACAGCCAAAAGUGGCAUUACAAAGAUUAACGGGCUGGUGCUGCUAUGUAAAGUGUGUGGAGAUGUGGCGUCAGGAUUUCACUAUGGCGUUCACGCCUGUGAGGGAUGCAAGGGUUUCUUCAGGAGGAGCAUUCAGCAGAACAUUCAGUAUAAGAAGUGCCUUAAGAAUGAAAGCUGUCCCAUCAUGCGCAUCAACAGGAACCGAUGCCAGCAGUGCCGUUUUAAGAAGUGUCUGCUCGUGGGCAUGUCCAGAGACGCUGUGCGUUUCGGCCGGAUUCCCAAACGAGAGAAGCAGCGCAUGCUGCUCGAGAUGCAGAAUGCCAUGAACAACAUGAUGAACAACAGCCACGGCAACCAGCCGCUGAGCAGCCAGCCAUCAGCCAGCGAUGCAGCUUCAGACGACAGCAGCUCCGGCCCUUCCUCCCGUUCCCCCUCCACCUCCCCCCGGAGCCACAACUCUGAACCCAGCCCCGACCCAGAGCCUCUGAGCACCAUGGACACCAGCUCCAGCUCGGACUCCUCCAGCUCCACUGACAGCGGCGAGGAGGAGGUCAUCGGCACAGUCACUAGAGCACACCAGGAGACCUUCAUGUACAAUCAGGAGCAGGCCAACUUGCCUUCAGAGGCCCCCAACAACUACAGCCACUGCUCAGAGAAACCUCAGGAGGUCUGGAACCAGCAGAGCAAUGCAUUCUCAGAGAGUGGACAGAAGACCCCAUCAGGCUGUGCUCCGCAGGGGCCUGAAGGCUUGGGCUGUCCUGUCAGACUGCCCAACAGCAACUCCGCGGGGCCAUCCAUGCAGAACCUCUGUCUGAGAGCUCAUAAUGACAAUGAAAUUCGUGUCAACGGCAGCUGUAGUGUCCCAAUAUUUUCAAGGAUUAACAGGAUGCACCUGGUUUGCCCCAUGAACACAUCGCCAUAUGUGGAUCCUCAGAAGUCGGGUCACAGUAUUUGGGAAGAGUUCUCCAUGAGCUUCACCCCAGCUGUCAGAGAGGUGGUGGAAUUUGCAAAACGCAUCCCAGGAUUCAAAGAGCUGUCCCAGCACGACCAGGUCAGCCUGCUGAAGGCCGGCACCUUUGAGGUGCUGGUGGUGCGCUUUACAUCCCUGUUCGACGUGAAGGAGCGCACGGUUACAUUUCUGAGCGGCAGGAAGUACAGCGUGGAGGCGCUUCGCUCGAUGGGCGCUGGAGAUCUUCUCAACUCAAUGUUUGACUUCACAGAGAAGCUACAAGCGCUGAACCUCAGCGAGGAGGAGAUGAGCCUCUUCACGGCUGUAGUGCUGGUGUCUGCAGAUCGCUCUGGUCUCGAGAACGUCAACUCGGUUGAGGCCCUUCAGGAAACUCUGAUACGAGCUCUGCGCAGCUUGAUCACCAAGAACCACCCCAAUGAGAUCGCCAUCUUCACUAAACUGCUCCUUAAACUGCCGGACCUGCGCUCGCUCAACAACAUGCACUCUGAGCAGCUCUUGGCCUUCAAGGUCCACCCCUGACCACCCACCAACCCCGUAACUGUGGACCACACCCCCCAUCCAUCUCCAAAGCCUCCCGUUUAGACCGUGGGGAACUGUUGUUACUCGGUGCCCCCCUUUUUUUUUUUUUUUUUUUUUGACACUUCUCCCCCUGACUUUCAAAGCAUUGCUGGUUAAAAAUGGAGGUAGAGGGGGGGCAGAUACUUAAGAAGUCAUUGUACUGUAAAACGCCUCUGCUCGUGCUAACGCACACGACUCGCUGACACAAACUGGAGGGGUUUCGUUGUAGAUGCUUACAAGAGUUUGUAUGAUUACGCGGUUUGUGUGUGCGCAGAGGCAUCUUGAAUUGAGUUUUUGGAUUUAUAAAUCUGCCUGUGCAAUAAGUGACGCGUUCACUGGUUUUGUGAUUUGUUCCUUGUUGGUCUUUUAGUACUUUCAGAGAAGAGGAAGUAAGGUGUUUUGUGGGCCGUAUGAAUGCUGUGUGUUGCUAAGGGGAGAUUAUGAAGGGAUAUUCCCACAAACAAACAAGAAAAUAAGUGCACAGAGCACGGUUUAGCAUCCAUUCUAAUUAAAAGAGAAGAAAAACUAAGAAAUGUAAGAAUGUGGAACAAGCUGCUAAUCUGAGCUUUUUUGGCAGAAAGACACAGGAAUGUUUAAUUGAUAGAUCUAUUUUUGUAGUUUUUUUUUGGCUUCUAACCUGUAAUUAAAUGCAGAGGAAGCCACUCUUAGGCUGCGUUCCAAAACACGCUAAUGCAGCCCGUGGCACGCUGAUGUUGUUGUAUUCAGCGGACAUUGACAAACUGUCUUUUUACUGUCAGUUUUCUCUUCCAGGUCAACUACUGCAAUGAUGGAGCAACAGCUUGAAGGGAGUCUUGAUGAGCAAUUUGAAAUUAGUUGACUGUUGACACAUUUAUAGCUCUCUACCUGACUAGUGGUGCAUUUGGAUUAUUAGCACAAACACAGAAAGUCGACUGUUGCCCGCUUGAGUGUUUGUUAACUACGAGAUCGAAUCAGACCGCAGGCUUGGCCAAGCGUUUGCAUUCUAGCAUAGGGUAUGUUUCUGAGUUUAGAUCUGCGUAGUGGUACAUCUCUGUAUAUUUCCUGAUUCGUAGGGCUUUUAGUAAUGACACAGUUUUUGAUGAUGCUAAAUGACAAAAGAGGAGUAGAACGUAACUCGUUUUAUCACUGUAAGACAUGUGCACGCUUCUCCUCUGUACAGAUGGGACUCAAAGCCAUCCUCAGCGAUGUCAUAAUAUAGGCCACACCCUAACUGACACCUGACACCUUCACGCAUCUGUAUGGGUGAUCAUUUCAGGCUGAAUAUUUAUGACGAUUUUUUUUUCCUCUUCAAAUAAUUGUAAUUCUGUUCAUUUUCCUUUUCAAAAUGAUGGUUUUUUUUUGCUUUUGGCUAAGUCUGUUCAGUGAAAGUUCUUGUAGAAUAAUUGUAUAUCUGUGUGAUCAGCUGCAGUAAGCAAAUAGUGUGCAUACUCGAGCGCCACUGGACCAGACAGGAAGAGGAAACGGGAAACGACCCAAAACUCCACCAAGUAACACCGGCAAUGCCUCUCAUCACCAUGCCAGCUCUGGGCAUCUGAACUCUUCUCGGGUCGGUUUUGAUAUCAAAGCUGCGGUCGGUGAAUAGUCAAGAAAAGAAGUAUCUUUUGUUUGGUGUUGGUGUUUCUCUCUCAUUGUUUGGCCUGUGGCUCACUCAGUGUCAUUGUUGUGUUGCCAUAAUCCAGUCUGUCAGUCUUCUUCUGUGAAAGCAUUGUAUGAUAGCUAGAUUUCUAUAUAUCUAUAUAUAAAUAUAUAAUAUAAAUACAUAUAAAAUAAGAAAAUAAACAGAUAAAUGCUAAACUCA